CGCAGCUCACACGCAGCUUUAUAUAUUGCAGCUUCAUGCCGCGGUCAUCCUGUACGGUGCCGGAGACUCUGCAGACCUGCUGCAACACGCACAACCGAACAGUCCAGCACAACGCGUCAACCAGUCUGGAACAUGCCGGAGGACUUGUCCCGGUCCGCUGUGGUUCUGGUGGGUUUUCUGCUCCUGGCCUGUCAACAGGUGCUGACCAUGGAGCCGCAUGAUGUCCAGGAGAAGCAAGUGAGCCAGACGAAGCGACGGCUGUCCCUGCAGAGCACAGCUGAGAUCCAGAGCUGCCUGGUGAGUUCAGGGGACGUCGGCUGUGGGACGUUUCAGUGUUUCAACAACAACUCCUGUGAAAUCCAAGGUCUGCACCACAUCUGUCUCACUCUGCUGCACAACGCCGGCCGUUACGACUCACAGGGCAAGUCGUUUGUGAAGGAUGCGUUGCGGUGCAUGGCGCUGGGUCUGCGGCAGCGCUUCAGCUGCGUGAGCCGCCGGUGCUCAGCGGUGAAGGAGAUGGUGUUCUCGCUCCAGAGGGAGUGUUACUCCAAACACCAGCUCUGCCUGGCGCUACGAGACCACAUGGACACCAUGGGCAGCCUGGUCCAGUUCCACCUGAUGUUUCCCCCGGGACCGUACGUGGAGCUGAUGAACUUCCUGCUGAAGUGUGGAGACGAGGUCAGGUUGUGGGUCGGCCGGCGGCUGCGCGGGCAGUGCGAGCAACACUGGGGGGCGCUGUGUGGCGGCCUCGGCGGCACCUGCUCUCUCGGCCAAUCGGACGCCCCGCAGCACACCACCUCCCCGUCACCAACUGCUGAGGGGAGCCUGGAGGAGCCGACAACAGCGGAUGAACCAGACAGCGGGAUCGUGCUCAGUAAGAUCGACAACGCGACUGAAUCUGGUCCGCACGUAUCCGAGAGAACCAACGUCACUGCUUCUUAGACAGGCAGGCGAGAGACGCAGAGGUGCAGCAGGUUCACAUGCACUCACUGUAGUUUUAGUACUAGCUGUAGUUUGAUCACAGUAUUUAAUGCGGUGUUGCUGGUGAAAGCAAUGCAACAUAACUUAUUUAAUCUUAUUGGAUAUUUGUGCUUUAUUAAUAUUUUUCUUUACAUUUGACUUCGUAAACAGAUGAAAGCCAGUUAUCUACCUCACUUCCAUACCACAGUAAACCACAGUGGCUGUAUCCUUCAGCAGAGGACAUGGACACACGAGUAAACACUGCAGGGGAUUUGUCUCUAGAUCAAGUGCAGCUCAGUCAGUAUUCUACCUAUUUAAGCUUGUUUUUGUAUUUAUGAGAGUUAUAUGAUGCACCGUAUAGCUGACACACGAACAGACGUUCUCUUGCAGACAGUCGGGCUGCUGUCUGCAGGAUUGGAAGCACUCUUUGGUUGACAUGUUAUAAAUAUGUAUUUUUGACGUUCUACUUGAACGAUCACAUUUCAUACAGACCCCAGGUUUCAAGCUAUAUUUUGUAAGUUUUAUUUAAAUGAAUCUAAAAAUACAUUUGUAAGAGUUUUUGAUUGAGGUUAAAUAAACUCCAUGACGUCACCGGACAGAGAGGAGUGUG